AUCCAGCGGGCAGCAGCAGCCAUGACAGGUUCAAGGACCCCAUCGUUUCCUACUCCUCCACCACCGGUUUGCACAGUAUAUAAGACUGGUUGAGUACCAUGGUGUGCCUGAGAGACCAAUCAACAGUGACUGCGCCAACACCACCAACAUGAAAGUGAUAUUGUUAGCGUUGGCCCUGUGCCUGAUGCUGGGGAUGGCCCUGGCCCUGCCUAUGGCUGUUUCAGACGCCGUAGCUGAUGCUCAUCACCGUCAUGGUUACGGAGGUUAUGGUGGCUUCGGAGGUGGAGGUUAUGGUGGCUACGGAGGCAUUGGUGGAUUCGGUGGAUAUGGUGGAAACAUCGGGUUUGGCAACGGGUUUGCUGGUGGAUUUAACAGCGGAUAUGGAGGAGGCUUUGGUAGAUAUAGUCCAUAUAGCACCUACGGCUAAUGUCUGUGACGGACGGAGGGGAAUGUGGUCCAGUGCGCAUGUGAAGUAACUUACCGAGAGAUUCAGUGACGGGUAACUAACUUCUGUCGGCCGUCACAUGUAUUUAUUUGCGUGUUUGGUUGUGUAGCAGAACUGUUACUCGUUAAUAAUUAAAAUUUUUGUUGACAAAUAUUCAAUAAAUGUUUCAUUGUUUA